AUGGCUAACAACGACAACUCGACGUUUUUUCUGCCCCUCGCCAACUGCACCGAUGUCACACCCCGAUGUCCUGUUGAGAACUCGAUCUAUGGCUAUUUUCCUUCGAUCGGGGCAAAUGCCCUCUUCGUGGCCAUUUUCGCCAUGUGUGGCGCCCUACAACUUCUCUGCGGCAUCCGCUACAAGACAUGGACGUACCUGAUUGCCAUGUUGCUGGCCUGCGUCGACCAGGCACUCGGAUACGUUGGCCGUGUGAUCCUGCACAACAAUCCGUUCGACAGAGUGGGCUUCCAGAUCCAGAUUUGCUGUCUGAUUUUGGGACCUGCCUUCAACUCUGCCGCCAUCUACCUGGUUCUCAAGCACAUCACCCUCGCUUUCGGGCCACAGUACUCCAAGAUCAGACCGAACUGGUACACAUGGAUCUUCAUCACCGGAGACCUCAUAUCCCUGAUCAUCCAGGCAAUUGGCGGCGGCAUGGCUGCCACGGCCGACGACAACCAAUCCCAGCAAGACACGGGCGACAACUUGAUGAUGGCCGGUAUUGCCUUCCAGGUGGUCACCUUGAUCUUCUUCGGCAGUGCUGCGUCGUGGUACGUCUUCAGCCGCUGGCGAGGGCGCGACGAACCCCUAUCCCGCGAGGCGAGCGGCUUUCUGAGUGACUGGAAAUUCCGGUUCUUUGUGUACGGGUUCAUCGUCGCUUACGUGGCGAUUCUGAUUCGGUGUAUCUACCGUAUCGUCGAAAUGGCUGGUGGGUGGGCGAAUCCAGUGAUGCAGUUUGAGCCUGCCUUUAUUGCGCUUGAUGGAUGCAUGGUCAUCAUCGCCACACUGGUCCAAACCAUCCUGCACCCAGGAUUUUGCUUCCCCCGCCUAUCAAGCGCGUACGUCCCGCCUCAGUCGACGUCGAGCGUGUCCGCAGCUCCCAAGGAGUACAAUCCGUCAAGCAUGCUCUCGACACCUCCCGGCGAGUCGGUCGAGAUUGAAAGGGAGAAGAAGGGUGCCAGGGAGGAGGCUUGA